CAAGAAGGUACAAAACAAAGAUGUCAAACUUGUCUCUAAGCGAAGGGGCAGGAAAAUCAGUAAAUAUUAUCCUUUGGAAUAUGUGUACACAUUCUAGAUCGUGUAUACGCUUUCUGUAAAUAUUAUUUACACGGUUGUAUUUAGUAUGUACUUGGCAUAUUCAGCCCUCGAGCUAAGUUUAUACGAGAAUCGUUAGGACUCGGCGGUUACUUUGGCGUUAUUUUAAAAACACGUUUAUUUACCGUGUUAACUCCUGGUACGAACAGGGGCGGGUUUUGGUGAGAAAUGAAACACUAAACGAUGUGAGUAAGCAGCUCUGGACUUUACUGAGUCAUCUUUUCUUUUCUGGUGUUAAAGAAGAAAAUUACCGGCACGAGCUGCGGUUCUGACCCGACACCAUCAGCGCGUGACGCUCGAUUUCCUUCGCUAGGCUGAGUAAGCUGAGUAAACCCCGCCUCCUGACUACCUCCUUUGGCUCGUUUUUUGGAAAAAUGACGGCUAACAAACCCAAAGCGCCGAACUCUCUGGCCCUCCACAAAGUGAUAAUGGUGGGCAGCGGCGGAGUGGGCAAAUCCGCGCUCACGCUCCAGUUCAUGUACGACGAGUUUGUGGAAGACUACGAGCCCACUAAAGCUGACAGCUACAGGAAGAAAGUGGUGCUGGAUGGAGAGGAGGUGCAGAUUGAUAUUCUGGACACGGCAGGGCAGGAAGACUACGCUGCCAUUCGGGAUAACUACUUCCGCAGCGGAGAGGGCUUCCUCUGCGUGUUCUCCAUCACCGAAUCGGAGUCUUUCGCCGCCACUGCUGACUUCCGAGAGCAGAUCCUCCGAGUGAAGGAGGACGAGAACGUGCCCUUCCUGCUGGUCGGAAAUAAGUCGGACCUGGAGGACCGGAGGCAGGUGGGAGCGGAGGAAGCCAAAGCCCGAGCCGACCAGUGGGGCGUCAGCUACGUAGAGACGUCCGCCAAAACCCGGGCCAACGUGGACAAGGUGUUCUUCGACCUCAUGCGAGGAAUCCGAGCCAGGAAAAUGGAGGAGGGCAAGGAGAACGGGAAAAACACCAGGAAGAGCUUCAUGAAGAGGAUUCGGGAGAGAUGUUGUAUUUUAUAAUGACUGAGUGUUUGUUUGUUUUGUUUUUUUUGCGCUGUGAUGUCACUUCCUACCAUUUUCAAAUGUCUUGUCUAAUUACAGCUUGUUUUAUUUGACUUCUUUUUUUUGAAGGGUAACAAGGGACAGAAAAUCAGGUAUGUGCACGUGUACUUGGAACAAGUCUUGAUGAUCAUAAGACUGAUACGAAGCUAUUACUUUUCAUUAUUUAAAUGUACAUAGGUCAAGUCAUAUGACACUAAUGUGUUUUUGUGUGUGUGUGUGUGUGGUUUUUCAAGCACACUAAGGGCCCAGUACUACCGCUUCACACUUGGCAUUUUUUCCCUAACGUCGGCACACACUUAACAUUUACUCCUACAGGAAGUUGACGCAAGGCAGUGUUUCUUGGUCAUCUUCCAUAAAAGCGCAAAGAGGCUUUUUUUUUUUUUUUUUUAACUUCCUGACCAAUCAGGUUGCAGGUUUUUUGACAAGCAAGAAAAACAAGCAAGGAGGAUAAAGUGCAGGAGGAUGGGAAAAAAAGCAAUCUUGUUGUCGAGUGAAUGUAAGGAAUAGAAUGGAAAAUAUUUCCUUUCUAAUUUUCCAGUGUGUCGAUUUCACCGGUACGCGAUGUGACGUCCCAUAACUCUGGAUGCACGCCGUCACAUCGCACAGUUCUCCGCCUCCAAAGCGACAACAUAAUCAAACAACUUCCUCAGCACCAGCGUUACACUAGUCUUUAUUUCAUCUUUAUUUCCCUAACCCUAUUUCAUUUUCACGAAAUGUAAUCAGUUCAUCAGGAGGUAGCAAGUAUACAGAUCCUAUAUUUAACCACUUAUUUCUUUAGGUAGUGCACUAGAAUUUCUUAACGGCUAAAAUCCCAGCUAGCCAGAAAUCAGGCCUCGAGGUCUCGAACGCAUACUUAACGUCUCUGUAUGACGAACAGGAAGGACGCUAUUGGGGGGAAAAAAAGCCAAGUGUGAACACAGCCUUAGUCUGUUACACGGGUUUGGGUUCUGCGUGCGCUUUAGAGAAACGUAAGGAGGAUGCUCUAUACCUAAGCUUUUAAAAAGGCCGGAAGCUUUCUAGCUGGAAAACCUGUUCUCCAAACGCAAGUUCGAGCCGUCACGAGGUCAAGGUUACAGGUGACGUACGAACUCGAUAAAGAUCAGCCGACUAAAACGAGUGCCUUGGCUUAAGAAAACACUAAACCGCUAAAAAGAAACUUUAAGAUGUGACACAAAUGAACGUUUCUCCUCGCUCGCAUACACUAGAUUGGACACGCUUCAGUCGUGGAUCGCCACAUCGCCGCGUCCAGAGCCGAGCUUUUCAAACGCAUACUUACCUCAGAUCGCUGAACGAGGUUAACAACCUUAACACUACAUACGUACUGCACAUACAACUUCAUUCAAUGAAAUAGAUCCUCUGGAAACAGUACACACUUGCUGGGUCUCAAAGGGGUUAGUGGUGGAGAUCACAAGCAAGCCUGAUCAACGCUAUUAAGCGCUAUUAGUCCGUUCGACCGAACCCUUUUAAUCCGAACCUCGACGACUGAAAAACAGACAGAAUAUCUGUUUAGAAAGCUGUACGGUUUUCUAAGGGUGAGUGGAACUCAUUUUACAGUCAGGCUAUGAAACGUUCGAGUCCCUACACUAGGCCAAUGCCAAUUUAUUCAUGAUAAGUUAUUAUAUAUAUGUGUGUGUGUGUGUGUGUGUGAAAUCUGAAGCACAUGCAAAGAAAUGCUGUAAAGCAAAGUUCCCUUCAAAAAAAAAAAAAAUCUACUAAAGUAAUAAACUAAGUCAAUAUUUCAUGUGACAUUUUAAAAAUGCGACAGCAGUCUCCGGUAGAACUUGUGCAGUUUCAUGAGGAAAUUAUCUGCCGAGUUUCACCGAGCGUCUUCACGGUUCUUCCGGAGACUCCGUCUGUCUGUCCGUCUUGUGUUUUUGAAGAUAACGCCUGAAAGUGUUCGUUGUUCUUUUAUCUGAAAAGUGGUGUUUUUAUGUAACGUUACUUUCUUCACUGACGUACAAAAAAAAAGAUACUUCUGUAGUAUGCAAUAUUCUGUUGGAAACCUUUUAAAAGUUUGGAAACUAACAUCAGUGUGACGUGACUGACAGAAAUGUACAUAAUACCGACGCUAGCUAAAAGAGUAAACACGUACCGACUGAGAUUUUUAAUCAUUCACUCAUCAUUAGCCGCUUUAACCAAAUCCUAUUCUUUAAAGUGUAGUUGAUGGGGGUUUUUUUUUUGUCGUCUUCUUUUAUUUAUGCAAUGGGGGAAAAAAGCUGUUUCUUUUCUCCGGUUCCAUAAUUACCAUGUGCAGACUUUCAAAGCUGCAUCGGAUGAGCUUCUAACGAAUUAGAAAGAAAGACCUCAAAACACUGAUCUGGAUUUGAAUGAACUUCUAAUCUAUAUAUAUAUAUAGCUACGUACGUCAUGUGGGUCCGUCGCAAUGCUGUCUUCAUUUGAAUGAUUUGAACGGUCGUUUCCUGCUAACUGCGAUUCAUUAACAGUCCUGUAUCGCUAGCGACGAUGGCACGUGAGCGUGUAUUGUUCCUGUAACCCGCGGAUUGAACGUUUUCUAGCGUAAUAACCAGCUUCGCCCUGCGAUUACUGCUACAUGGGGGUAAUGACGCCGAAACACAACGUGCUCUGCUGAAGCCCUGGGAUACUUCUUUUUUGUUCUCAAAAUAAUUGUUAAUUAAUGCAUCUGUCAAACCCAGAGUCAAAAUAAUGAAAUACAAGAGAUUUUAUUA